CAGAGAAGUCACGGGGCGCACGUGAGUCCAACUCCCACAGACAAUGUCCUCCGACGUCCUGUUCCCUGUCAACGCGUCCAGCAGUCACCAUGACAACAACUGGAGCUACCCGGCAGUCAACAACGUCCCCCAACCGCCCACACAUCUUCUGACCAUCUGCACCUUCCUCUACGUCAUAAUCUUCCUGUUCGGCCUGAUGGGUAACAUGGCGGUCAUCCUGGUGGUGCUGCAGUGCCGUUCAAUGCGCACCUCCAUUAACCUACUGUUUCUGAACCUAUGCCUGGCUGACCUCUUCGGUCUGGUCAUCACUGGACCCACCGUGGUUGUGGACAUGUUUGCCCGGGAGGUCUGGUACCUGGGACCCUUCAUGUACACACCUGUGAUGCGCUGUGACACCUCCAUCACUCUAGUAUGGCACAAGGUGUACCUAGUGGUCAGCACCAUGCUCUUCUUCAUCCUUCCCUUGGUGGUCAUCUUUUUGCUCUACACCAAGGUGUAUAGGAAGCUCCUGCUUCUGUUCCGGCGGGAGCAGGCCCGACAACUGGGCUACCCACGUGAGAUCGUCCGCCUCAAGAGACAGAUGAGACAGAUCAUUAUCGCUGUCGUCCUUGUCUUCUUCAUCUGUCACACACCCUACAGGAAGUUCCGUCGCGCUCUGCUGUGGCUGUGCUGUGACCGGAGACGUCGUAGUGCCCGGCUGGAUGAUUGGAAGGACCUGGUCAACAACAGACAUCCCAUCAGAGCACCGGCGGCCGCCUCUUCGACAUCGACAACAACAUCCGCGACAAGGACCGCGAGGACGCAGAGCUCUCUGACAGGCUCAACAACCACUUCCAGAGGAACGAUUUUUUAGUUCUGUACAAGAACUUGCUCCUGGAGUGACUAGCACCAAGGUCUAGGACCGGCGACCCGGCUUGCCGGCCGGCCUCCGUCUGACCGGUCAAUAGUGCAGCCGGCAGUUUCUCGUCCGGUCUCAAGACUUUGGCUCUCAAGACCAUUGUGACUUGUUCUGACUGGGGUUAGCAAACUACUCUACUUGCAGUCCAAAUAUUCUGACUUUAUUUCGUCCACUAAGACGUUAAAACUCAACACAUCAGCUUCAUGGUGCUUUGUGGUGCUCACAAAUUGACUUGCCGACCAGCAUCUUUCCGAUCAUCGCCUACAGAGAUGCCGGGUUUUCCCUUUUCACCAUAUUUGCCUCGGUUUACUGCACUGUGUGUACGUGGGUAUGUGCAGACAUGCGUAAACUGUAUGCUUUGUGUUGUUUUCAGGUUACAGACUAAGGAGUAACAAACCUUGAUCCAGUGUAUGUGUGAAAAAGUGCCGGCGAUAGACAUGCGCAGACUGUCUCCCGAUGUGCAUGUUUCGCGUGUCGAGUCCAAUAAUCAAGUCUCAAAUCCUCAUGCCAUUACAAAGUGCUACUUAUUUUUAAAGUCAUCAAAGUGAACACCAUACAAAACACUGAAGUGUUAUGCUUCAAAAAAAAAAAAAGUAUUUUAGAUCAGAUUCUGAGGACAUUACUAUUUGUACCAUGCGUUGGUGUUCUGGAGAGGGCAGUUUCUGGUGACAAGAUGCCAUGUACACGCAGGUGUGCACAAUCAUCAGCAGUACCAUGGAGAGAGAUACACGCAAUGUACGUGUAUGUAUGAUCUGUGUAAGUGAUACCUAAAGAAA